GUUCAGUCCAAGUUCAGGCACGAUGCAAAGCAUUAUUCCCAAGAGCAAAACCAAAGGUACUGACUUCUGUGGAGUGGACCAUUGCUAUUAUAUAAUCCGCUCUGAUCUCGGCUUAUAUAUGCAGUCAAGCAAUUUCAAUAAAGGGUCAGACCUCAACAUUUUCAGUCUGCACCCUGCAUGCCAAAAUGGAGACCAUUACCUUGGUCAUCAGGAUGGCUACUUCUACAUCAUCAAGGGCAAUUCUUACCGCAGAGUCACCGAUCUGUCGACAGACAGUAGUGCUGUAGUUUACAGUCUUCAUCCCAACUGCCGAGGUGGAGACCACUACCUCUCGGGUUUUGGCAAUUUUUACAUCAUCUUCCAAGGAAAGGGCACUUACCGAAGAACAACUAACAUGAAUCAUGACUGGGAUGCUGUAGAAUACAAGCUGCAUCCCAACUGCAGAGACGGUCUGUAUUACUGGGGCUUGCGAUUCCACUACUACUUCCUCAAGCCGAGUUCAAAGUGGGGAGUUGAAUACUACAAAGGUACCAACUUCAACAAAGACGAGUGUGUCAAUGUCUACUCUGUUCAUCCUGAUGUUCUUAACUUCCUGCCUGGUGGGCUGUCAAUUACUAAAGGCCCAGCAUUUGGGAGGUGGGAGAAUAUUAAAACUAUAAAUAAUGAUAGCAACACGCCAGUGAAGUGGCAAAAUAAAAUUAAUAAAAAGGUUGGAUACAAUAAAGAGAAGAUGUCCCAGAUCACUCACAACUGGAAGAUAGCCACGUCAGUCUCGACUGAAUCUGGAACCCUUGAAGGGUUAAUUGCGAAGUGGCAGUUCUCUUUCUCUGCAGAAUAUGGAGGUUCACGUGUCAGCACUGAAAAGGAAACCUGGACCGAACUCACUGAAGUGGAAGAACAACUCUCACUCGAGCUGCAGCCAAAUCAGAGUUUUUAUCUGUGGCAAUACAAAAUGGGUUUUGGGCAAGAACCUGUGUUGUUCUGUCGUGAUUUGAAGAUUGACGAUGAGCCUAACCCUCCAACUGAAGUCCUCUGCCACCUGCAUAAUCAUAAGAAAUAUCAGCCCGGUUUACUCCGAGGAUAA